AUGCAGAACUCGGCUCAUCUGCCGACCGUGAAGGACAAGUACGGUGCUUGGAGGAUUGCUACUCUGCUGCACCACCCCCACAACACUGCGUUCCUGGAUAUUGCGGGGGUGGUGCAGCAGAGUAGCAAUCCUCCAGGCACCGUACUUGACCUUCACGGCCGGCAGAUGAGCCAACUCCUGCAUGCGGUUGCGGUGGAGCUCGAAGUUGAUGUGUGCCGCUCUCCCUCGCGCUCGCUCCUCCUUACGCCUAACCCUCACCGCCACACGCUCUUCUGCAACACCCUCCCCCCCCACCCCCCUCCCCCCUCCCCACCCCCGCCCCCCCUCUUCCUCUUUCUCGCCUAUGCCAUGGCUCGCGCCCACUCCUCACUGCAAGCAGUAUACCACCCGCCUUACCACAAUCACCUCUGUGCCUUUUCCCCCUCCUCCCCCUCGUCCCAAGGCAUCCCUCCUGCCCUGACCCCCCAAGCCAUCUUCCCCCCAGCAAGCAUACUGCUGCUUGAUUAUGCCAUGGCCCGCGCCCGUUCCUCCCUGCAGCACUCCUGGUGUGGCAUCUCACCAGUCACCUACCUACUCACCGCUUCUUCUUCCUGGCCCCACUCCCCACCCCUCUUCCCCCCUCCUGUUCCCAGGCAUACCCCCCGUCCUGACCCCCCAGGCCAUCUUCCCCCCAGCGGGCAUUCUACUUCUCGCCUACGCUAUGGCUCGCGCCCGUUCCUCCCUGCAGCAAUCCCUCACUACCACACGCUCUCUCCCCCACCACCCCUUCCCAUGGCCGCUGCUCGAGCUCGCUGCCUGCUGCCCACCUCCCAUGGCUGCGGCUCUUCACUAGCGGCCUCCUGCCCACCUCCCAUGGCUGCGGCUCUUCAGUUAAAGCCACACCCGGACAGUCUCCUCCUGCCCCCCUCCAAGGGCCCUCCCUGGCCGUACCUCUGCUUGGCAUACCCCUCUGCCUUGGCAACAGAGGCCAACACCUACUUCAUCCUCACCGCAUUCUUCACCAUUCUAACCCAUAUGCACCCAUCUGCCGUCUCCCUUGGCUUCCUCCUGCUCCUCGUCACCUGGGUCUGGCUCUUUCUUUGGCCAUCCUCCUCCCGAACCUCCUCCCAAGCCUCUCACCAGACCUCCUCCCACGCUGAAAGAUCCUCCUCUGCGUUGCACUCCUCCUCCCGAACCUCCGCCUUCCGUACCUCCGCACCAGCUCUCCGAGCCUACAUGGCGCCACUGACUGCCUCGUUUGCAGCUACGGUGCUCCUGCUUCGGUACUGUAGCUUGUACCCCGAGCUUCGAUCCAUCUUAACCGCCCACUUUGGGAUCGAUUUGUCUGUUCUGGAGCGGCUGGGGCUGUUUGCUCCGCUGGGCACGCCUGUACACGUGGCAACUGCUGAUUGCGCCACGUUGCUGAUCUGCCUUCGCGCUUACUUCUGCUUUGAGGCAUUUCCAAAACUGCAGCAGCAGGGGCAGCAGCAGCAGCAGCAGCAGCAGCAGCAGCAAGAGCUUGAUUCUCAAGCAUUUCCAGCCAGCUUCUUCGGCUGGGUGUCCUUUUUCAAGCGCCUGAUCAUCCUACACUGCCCCACCGCCCUCCCCUGCGCGGCGUUUUUCGCUGCACUGUAUCCUGUCAGCGCGUUAGGGUUUGGGUUCCUGCUGCUGGCGGUGCUGGGGUGUGUGGGGCUCAGGGCUGUGAGGGGCACGGCGCCGAGAUGGAUGUUCUUAUAUGGAGGGGCGGCGCUGGUGGCGGAGUUUGGGUUCCAGGUGGUGGUGGCGCAGUGGGGGCUGGCGGGGUGGGUGGAACAGCACAGCGCAAUGCUUCAGGUGAGGGGCAGAGACUGCAGGGUUCAGGGUAUAAGGGACAAGAGGGGCGGCGCUGGUGGUGGAGUUUGGGUUCCAGGUGGUGGUGGCGCAGUGGGGGCUGACGGCCUGGGUGGAACAGCACAGCGCAAUUCUGCAGGUGCGUGUUAG